AUGGUUCCAGCUAUGGAAAAUCUGAAUAUAUCAUUCGACAGAGCUCAUCGAGUUGUACUUGGAACACCAAUGGAACCUUUGGAACAUGCUCCUGGGCGAAUCUUGGCAGCUUGUUUAGGUCGUUUAUGUAUUCAUACACAAAAAGCUUUGACAUUAAAUACUAUGAUUAAACCAUUAUUAGAAAUAUUAAAAGUAUUACAACAACAUCAAGAUGCUACUGUUAAACAUGCUGGCAUUUAUGCAUAUGCACGUUCUCUUUUUUCAAUUGAUGAAACAUAUUAUGAUGAUUUAAUAAUUCAUUUUAUUGAAUUGAAAUGCUUGUUAGAUUAUAUUAUUAUUCAAGAUACAAACACUGAAGUUCAAAAAUUAGCAAGAUCAGUUAGACAAAUUUAA